AUGCAGUGGCUCCUAAAGGUUUUGAUCCUGACUUUGGCCCUGUCAAGCCCAACCAGAUGCCAAAGCAGAAGGAGGAAAGGCCAAAGAGAAGUCAUCAUUAGUGAGACCAAAACCCUGAUCUGCCCGGUGGAGAUCAUGUUCAUCGUGGACAGUUCAGAGAAUGCCAAAUCUCUGCUUUUUGAGCAACAGAAGGAGUUCAUCCUGCGCUUCAGCACCAAGCUCAUGCAGCUCCAUUCAGCCGGCUGGCGUCUGCGUCUGCGACUGGCCGCGCUGCAGUACAGCAGCACCGUGUCAGUGGAGCACAACUUCAGAGACUGGCAGGACAUGGACGUCUUCCAGAGCCGGGUGGCCUCCAUGACCUUCAUCGGCCACGGCACCUACUCGGCCUACGCCAUCACUAACGCCACCCAGGUGUUCAGCCGCGAGACAUCUUCUAGCAGCCUGAGGGUGGCGCUGCUGAUGGUGGAUGGAUCGGAUCACCCACGAAGCCCCAGCGCUGUGACAGCUGCUGCAGAGGCCAAACGGCACAACAUCAGGGUGUUCACUAUCAAGCUUUCAGACCUGCCCAAGGACGGUGCCAUGGGUACAAAACUACGAUCCAUUGCCAGCGCCCCCCCACAGCAGCACGUCUUCAGCCUCACUGACAGCCAGCUGGAUCACAGACUCUUCAGUGAACUGAACACAAUUGUCAAAACUGGGUGCCCACUGCCUAAGACCUGCCUGUGUGAGAGUGGGGAGAGGGGUCACCCUGGAAGCCCGGGGAAACCAGGCGAGCCGGGGUCUGAUGGCGCUCCAGGUCCAAAGGGAUCUCGUGGGGAACCUGGCAUUAAUGGACGUCCAGGAAUGGAGGGCCUUGUGGGUCGGCCUGGUAGCAAAGGGGAAAAGGGGGAACAGGGUGAAUGUGGUGCCCCCGGUAAAAAGGGUGAACAAGGUGCAGAUGGACCUCCUGGCUCCAGAGGGCCCAGAGGAGAGCAGGGAGCCAGGGGAGGACCUGGAGACCAUGGUCCAGAGGGGCCAUCUGGAUCUAAAGGUGACCGAGGACCGAGGGGUGCACCUGGACCUCCAGGAGAUAAGGGCAUUGGGUUCCCUGGUCCCAAGGGUGACAAUGGGAACCAAGGAAGACCAGGCCCUCCUGGACCAAUGGGUGUGGGUGAACCAGGAACACCGGGUCCAGCAGGGCCACCAGGCAUGCAAGGAUCUCCAGGGUUUCCAGGUGAGGGUCUCCCAGGGCCCAAGGGUGGCAGGGGGUAUGAGGGUCCCAAGGGCAGCCGUGGACCGCCAGGAGUCGGCUACAAAGGUGAUAAGGGAAACACAGGAGCACCCGGGCUGCCAGGUUUGGUGGGGUUUCCAGGGGCAGGCAUCCAAGGAGAAAAGGGGGACCAAGGGCCAGCUGGGCCUUCUGGUCCCAGAGGACCUCCUGGACUGGGUAUAGUUGGACCAAAGGGCGACCAGGGUUUUCCUGGAGAGCCUGGACCUCAGGGAGAGAGGGGUGUUGGUGAGACAGGACCAAAGGGGGAGCCAGGGCCUGACGGGGCUGCUGGGAUACCUGGCAUUCCUGGUGAGGAUGGAGCUGUUGGGCCUAAGGGAGAGAUGGGUGUACCAGGUCUGCGAGGCCUAGAGGGCGCACCAGGCAAAAGCAUCACUGGAGAAAAGGGAGACAGAGGUGACCGUGGGCCAAGGGGACUUUCAGGGUCUCCAGGUCCAGUUGGACCUGCUGGAGCCAAGGGAGAGCCUGGCAGCCCAGGAAUGGUGGGCCUACCUGGACCUGCUGGCCGAGGUUUACAAGGAUCAAAGGGAGAUCCUGGGCCUGUAGGACCAGCUGGACCUAUUGGAGAACCUGGAGUAGGAAUCACUGGGCCGAAGGGUAACAAAGGAAAUCAUGGACCUGUGGGGCCACCAGGAAUGAAGGGAGAUGGCUUCCCAGGACCACAGGGGCUGCCUGGUUUACCAGGAGUGCAAGGAGAGAUGGGGCCUGAAGGGAAAGGACUACCUGGACCCAAGGGUGACAGAGGCAUACCAGGGGUGCUGGGGCCAUCAGGUCCUCCUGGAAUUGGACUUUAUGGACCAAAGGGUUCUACAGGACAGCCUGGUCCACCAGGUCUGCCAGGGCCUCCAGGAGAGGGCAUCCAGGGACCAAAGGGUGAACCUGGGUUUCAGGGCCCAAUGGGCCCUCGGGGGGCGCCAGGGGAUGGCCUUCCAGGGGAGAAGGGUGAUAGAGGCAUUCCUGGAGACCGGGGAAAGAAAGGAGAAAAGGGGGACUAUGGAGAACCUGGCUCUACUGGACUGAUGGGGAGACCAGGAGAAAAGGGGGAACCAGGACUGACUAGAGAAGAGGUCAUCAGGAUUAUAAGGGAAAUCUGUGGCUGUGGUCUGAAGUGCAGAGAGAGCCCUCUGGAGCUGGUGUUUGUGAUAGACAGCUCUGAGAGUGUGGGACCAGAAAACUUUGAGUUGGUGAAGGACUUUGUGAACACUCUUAUUGACCGGGUGUCUGUGAGCCGAGAAGCCAGUCGGAUCGGUGUGGUGCUUUACAGCCACGUAGACAUGGUGGUAGUAAGUUUGCAGCAGCAGUCCAGCCAGGAUGAUGUGAAGGCCGCCAUCAGGAAGAUGCCUUACCUGGGUGAAGGUACCUUCACUGGCAGCGCCAUCCAUCGUGCCAAUCAGCUGUUUCAGGCCGCACGGCCUGGUGUGAGGAAAGUGGCUGUGGUUUUAACGGACGGGCAGGCUGACCCCCGGGACAUCAUGCAGUUUAAAGAUACAGCAGCAGAGGCCCAUGCACAGGGGACCGAGAUGUUUGUUAUAGGAGUCGUAAACAAGACUGACCACCUGUAUGAAGAGUUCCAGGCUGAGAUGAAUGUAAUCGCCUCGGAUCCUGAUGAAGAGCACGUCUACCUCAUAGAUGACUUCAGGUCACUUACCAAUCUGGAAAGCAAAAUACUGAGUCGGAUUUGUGAGCAGGAUGACGCAGUGGCACUUCUGCCAAACGCUGUCUUUCCACCCAUGGAAACCCACCCAGAGGCUCCUGAAGACAGCCACUCCACAGAGUUCCCAGAUGAGGAAAACAUACAAAUUGAACUCCCAGUGGAAACAGUAACAGCCCCGACUCCACAGUCCCAGGAGUCACGUCGGGCCCACAAGAACCCGGUUUAUACUAAACUGUUUGUGGAGCCUUGGAACGAGCUGCCAGACAUCACAUUUGCCUCUCCUGGUGGCAGGGGGCAGCAGGGCCCUGGUGUGACCUCCAUGGUGGGUCCUCAGAUUCCACCUGACUGGCUGUAUGAGGCAGAGAGCAAACAGGCUCCUAUGAGCCGCCCUCCACCAUCCCUGACAGACUCUUCGGUGCCAGGUAAACAAGAAAAACAACAUCUGAUGAAUACCACUGAUGAUGAAGGGUGCAGUCAGCCUCUGGACCCAGGUCCCUGUCGACAGUACGUAGUCAAGUGGUACUAUGACCCCGAGGCCAAUGCCUGCGCACAGUUCUGGUAUGGAGGCUGUCAGGGCAAUGCAAACAACUUUGAGACUGAAGCUAACUGCAGGAAUUCCUGCGUCUACACAUAACAGACUGUGUUUGGAGAAAAGGGUGUAUGCAAAGCCAACACGCUCUAUCAGCGUCACUGAGGAAAAGAAUGGACUAAUGACGCACGCUUUACUGUUUAACCAGAGUUCAGGCCAGCAGCUGCUGCUGUGGUCACACUCUGUAAACUGCUGCAGGUGAAGGACAUGAUGGAGAGUAGACCUGGACCUCCUCCCUGUCUCUCAGGCUACGUUCACACUGUAGGUGGUCCUGCUCAAUUCUGAACUGCUGCACAUGUACUAGCUGUCUGAUCAUUUUGGACAACUACUUAUAUCUGCUAUGGGGUGUGUAACCACUAAAAACCAAUACCAACUGACAGAAGCAUCAAAAGACUGGUUCAACUUUGCACCCCAAAUGCAAAUCAUUUUAUUUUCACUUUUCCUUUUAUUGUUGGAUAGUUGUUCUCCAGGCUUACUCUGGAAAACCAGGGGCAUGUGUCACAAAGCAAGUCCAGCUUGGUCUCUUUGGUUUACCUGUCUUCACUGAACCCAACAUUGGCGAUUCUGGGUGAACCAGUAACACAAAGCUGGUUAUCAACUGGCUCAGUUAAAUCUGAUCUUUCCAUUCCAGCUCUAAGCACGUUCAUGUGAAAGAGGUCUUGAUUGCAAGCCGUCACAUUCACCUUUCUAACUACCCUGAGUACUUACUCUAAUAUGAUGUGAGAUGAACCAAUCUGCACCUGUACACUUUUGAAAAUGAUAUCAUUUUUUUCUAUUAUAUUCUAUUAUUCAGGAUUUUGUCUCAUCAUUAAAACAUUCUUAUCAUCAGAUUUCCCCCAGACCACUAACAGUGGUCAUACUGUUUUAUUGGUAGUUUUAAAGAUUUAAUUGACUUAAUAUCAAAUUUGACACUUGAUGAAACUCAGUAACCGCUAGCACAAAGACUAUACUAUACAGACAUUUACAGUAUUUACAUGUUUUUGGCAACCAAUUUCUGAAUAAUGUCUACAUCUGGUCAGUUCAAUUAUAUCUUGACAACAGUACUGUGUUGUAUCAGAAUUGAGGCACUCACACCUACAAUGUCAAUAUAGUCAACUGUACUGUAUUUCCUGUUACAGAUGUAUUUUAUACAACAUGUAUACGUGUAUAAUUGAAUGUUUUGUUAUUGUGGGUCACUGUUUGUAGGUGUUUCUUUAAGAGUUGUCCACAGAGCAGCAGUGCCUUUAAGGACAUCUUGAUAACUACACACAGUGUGUAUUCGUAACAUGUCUAUGAUAUUUCCCCACCUCAGUGUUCAUUUCUUAAGCUCUAGUUGUUUUAGUUCAGCUUAACAGAAUCUAUUAACCCACUCUAUGUUGAGUGUUGUAUGUAAAGAGACACACUUUACUGUAAAAUAUAUUGUUUAUUGUUUAACACCAUAAACGUACCAGAAGGAUAGUAAAACUAGUAGAACAAGGU